UCGGGUGUGACUCUCAGUCCCUGGGACAGUGACCUCCAGACCUGGAGCCUUCUAGGGGAGGCAGACCCAGGAGCCUUCAGAGUCACAGGUCUGAACUUUUCACACCAAGUACCAUGGCCCUGCCCAACAACCCACAGGAGGCACUGCUUUGGGCCUUGAGGGACCUUGACAAAAAUAGCUUCAAGAUAUUAAAGUUCCACUUACGGGACAAACCCCUGCCUGGGGGCCAAGGGCUGGCCCGAGGGGAGCUGGAGGGCCUGAAUGAGGUGGACCUGGCUUCUCGGCUGAUCUCGAUGUACGGAGCACUGGAGGCAGUGAAAGUGGUGUGCGAGGUGCUGAAGGUCAUGAACCUGUUAGAACUUGUGGACCGGCUCAGCCACAUCUGUCUAAAUGAUUACAGAGAAAUAUACCGGGAGUAUGUGCGCUGCCUGGAGGAGAGGCAAGAGGAGGGAGUUGGCCACAGCUACAACGAGCUGCUCCUGGUGGCCAAGCCCGGCUCGGGGAGCCCCAUUCCGGAGCAGGACCUGGACUCGGUCACAGUGGAGGCUCUCUUUGAUUCAGGGGAAAAGCCUGCCAAACACCCGCCCAUAGUGGUGCUCCAGGGAUCCGCUGGUACCGGGAAGACGACACUGACAAGAAAAAUGCUGCUGGACUGGGCCACUGGCACCCUGUACGCAGGCCGGUUUGAUUAUGUCUUUUACGUGAGCUGCAGAGAAGUGGUCCUGCUGCCGGAGGGCACGCUGGACCAGCUCCUCAUGUGGUGCUGCGGGGACAGUAAAGCACCUGUCGCUGAGAUUAGGAGGCAGCCAGAGAGGCUCCUGCUCAUCCUGGAUGGCUACGACGAGCUGCAGAGGCCCUUCGCCGGGAGGCUGCAGAGGCCGGGGCCCAGCCCCGCCGAGGACGUGCUGCGCCGCCUGCUCAGGAGAGAGGCGCUUCCCGCCUGCUCGCUUCUGGUGACCACGCGGCCCGUGGCCCUGCGGAGCCUGCAGUCCUUGCUGAAACGACCGCGCCAUGUCCACGUCCUGGGCUUCUCCGAGGAGGAGAGGGAGAGGUAUUUGAACUCCUAUUUCCCAGAUGAGGAACAAGCCCAAAAGGCCAUUGCCUUUGUAAAAGGAAAUGAGGUUCUCAACAAAGCGUGCCAGGUCCCGGGCAUUUGCUGGGUGGUCUGCUCCUGGCUGAAGGGGCAGAUGGAGCGAGGCGGAGAGGUCUCGGAGACUCCCAGCAACGGCACUGACAUCUUCAUGGCCUAUGUGUCCACCUUCCUGCCACCCAGCGACAGCGAGGGCUGCUCCGAGCUCACCCGAGACAAGGUCCUGAGGGGGCUGUGCUCCUUGGCAGCCGAGGGGAUCCAGCGCCAGAGGUUCCUGUUUGAAGAAGCUGACCUCAGGAAGCACAGUUUAGACGGGCCCAGCCUUGCGGCUUUCCUGAGCAGCCACGAUUACCAAGAGGGACUUGACAUCAAGAAGUUCUACAGCUUCCGCCACAUCAGCUUCCAGGAGUUUUUUCAUGCUAUGUCCUACCUGGUGAAAGAAGACCAGAGCCAGCUCGGGGAGGAGUCCCUCAGAGAACUGAACAGGCUGCUGGAUGACAGGGAGCAGGCGGGGGGCGAGGAGAUGACCCUCAGCAUGCAGUUUUUAUUGGACAUAUCGAAAAAAGAGAGCUCCUCCAAUCUGGAGCUAACGUUCUGCUUCAAAAUUUCCCCCUCGAUAAAGCAGGAUCUGAAGAAUUUCAAAGAGCAGAUGAGCUCUCUAAAGCAUAACAGGACCUGGGAUUUGGAAUUGUCCCUGUACGAGUCUAAGAUGAAGAGUCUGCUAAGGAGUGUUCAGAUAAGCAACGUAGGGCUUAAGAUGGAACAUUCAAAUGAAAAGAAAUCCCGUAGCAGCACCUCAUUUUCUGUCAAAACCCACUUGAGUAAUGCAGGGAGAGAGGAGCAAAAAUGUCUAACUAUGGACGAAGGGAACGCAGCAGGGACGCAGAAGCAGGCUCCUAAUGGGAAAGGCAGAGGGAAGAGUAACUAG